AUGACAUUCAAGUCAACAGUGUGCACAAGAGAGGAGCAGGAGAUCCUGCAACGAGACUCCAACAAAAGCCAGAAGCUAAGAAAGAAGCUUAUGGGAGAUGGUGGAGAAAGAGAUUAUCUUCCCAACAAAGAGGCCAAGAUGAAGGCUGGCUUGGAAAAAGCUGUCCAGCACAAGGACAAACUGCUGGAAUAUGAUAAGAACAGUGUGAAGAGAACACAGGUUCUGGAUGAUGAGUCGGAUUACUUUGCCACUGAAUCCAAUCAGUGGUUGUCACCCAAUGAGAGAGAAAAGCUGAGGAAGAAGGAAGAGGAGCUGAGAGACCUUCGCCAUGCCUCUCGCAAGGAUAGGAAGAUCACGCUGGACUUUGCUGGUAGAAAGGUGCUUGAUGAAGGAAACAACCUCAACGACUACUACGACAAGUUGGAUGAGACCCUCAGGGCUAUGAGCGACUCUCCUUCAAAAUCCCCAAUGUUUUCGAGACAAGGUGGAAGGCAGACCCUCGGAGACCUGGUCAACCCCAACAUAAUGCAAGCUGCACCUGAGUGGGUGGAUGUCGGAGGCAGUGAAAGCUACAAGAAAAACACAAAGCAGGGAAAGAGCUCGGCGGAGGAAAAGGGAGAAGAUCGUCAAAAGCUGAGGCUCCAAGACAAGGACCUGCAGGAGAUGGCUGACGGGGGCUGGUGCCUGAGCAUGCACCAACCGUGGGCCACACUGCUGGUCAGAGGCAUCAAGAGGGUCGAGGGGAGGACUUGGUACUCAUCCCAUCGGGGGCGUCUUUGGAUUGCUGCUGCAGCCAAGCAGCCGGCUCCACAGGAGAUUGCUGAGGUGGAAGCCAUGUACCGCCACAUCUACAAGCAAGAUCCAAGGUUUCCUAAAGACUACCCCACCGGCUGCCUGUUGGGAUGCGUCAAUAUGACGGACUGCCUCUCUCAGGAGCAGUUCAGAGAACAGUUCCCUAAUACCUGUGAGGAGUCUGCUUCCCCAUUCGUCUUCAUCUGCACCAAUGCCCAGGAGAUGCUGGUGAAAUUCCCCAUGAAAGGGAAGCACAAGAUCUGGAAGCUGGAGACCCAGUACCACCAGGGUGCCAAGAAGGGGCUGGUCCCAUCGGCCGCAGACUGACGUCCGAGGAGAGGCAGAGGAGGAAAAACAGUCUGAUCUCACAGGAACGUGGCAUAGAUGUUUUCCAAGAAUGGCUCCAUUCCCCACUAGGUUGUCCUGACAUUUAUCAGAGUUAUCAAUGCUGACAUAUUAUUAUUAUUAUCAGCUCUACACCUGUUGUUAAUCAAUGGCAUUUGACAUUUACAUAAGGCAUAUUGCUUAAACGUAUGCAGAACAUAGACAUGUAAUAAUUGGGAAACAUUUCUACUAUCUUCUUUAUCUCUGUUUCAUUUUCUGCAGAAAUAAAAUAGAAAAAUCCUUUGGUUUCA